AUGCAAAAACUAAUCGAUCUCAACCGAUUCAGAGCUAAAACGUUCGCUGGAAGUGAACAUGUGAAGACAUCGAAUAGCGUAAUCGUUAAGAAGGAAAAAGGUGAAAUUUCUCCAAACAGUACGUUCGAAUGGGAUGGCGAAACAGUCGUUCUACCGUCGAUACCACCGAGGUUAUCCAGAUGUAAAAUCAUCGAAAUCAUUUACACACUUGAAUUACAGGUUACUUCUAUUACGGUAUCAGCGGUUCUGCCCAUACAUAUCGGCACCAUACCAUUGCUAUCGGAUUUGAUGGCAAGGGCAAGAAACGGACGUGUUGAGACGAAUGGUCGUGUUCGUGGGAGCACGGAAAAUGGUGCUGAGUCCAUUGUACAAGUUAGUUGUUCAACAAAUUCGACCGAGAAAUGCGUUGAAAAUUAUGAUCUUUCCGUGUAA